AUGUUGGGUGGAGAUUUUUUGCAUAUGAGGUGUAGUGCUUACAUUCUUAACUUGAUUGUGAGAGAUGGUUUAGACAUCAUUGAUUCUGCUAUUUGCAAAGUUCGAGAUUGUGUUGCAUUUUGGAUGUCUACUCCUAAAAGAAUUGAAAAGUUUGAGGAAGCUUGUCGCCUUUUGAAUGUGACUAAACCUAAAAGGGUGAGUCUUGAUUGUAAAACUAGGUGGAACUUUGCAUAUGAUUUGCUUGACACUUGUUUGCCUUUUAAAGAAGUUUUUAACAAGUUGAAACGUCUACAUAGAAGGUUGAAUUUUGAUGUGCCUAGUGAUCAUGAUUGGCAAAUGGCUACUCUUGUUUGUCAAAAGCUGGAAAUAUUCUAUAAGGCAACUAAGGUUUUUUUUGGUAGAAAUCAUCCAACUUCAAAUUUGUAUUUUCGUAAUGUUUGUGAGAUUAAACUUGCAUUAACUAAGUGGAGGCAAAAUGACAAUAUUGAGAUUAUUAGAAAAAUGGCUGAGAAAAUGGUAGAAAAGUUUGACAAAUAUUGGGAUCAUACUAAUGAGCUUUUGGCCAUUGCGGGCAUUUUAGAUCCGAGAAAUAAGAUGGAUUUGGAGACACAAUUUGAGGAUCUUGGUGAUGAGGAUGAUUUCGCUAAGACUAAAAGACAAAAAAUUGAUUAUGUGCCUAGUAAAAGUGAAAUUGAUCAAUACUUAGAGAGUCGUACUUUGCCGGAGAAUAAUGAAUUUAAUAUACUUGCAUGGUGGAAGAUAGACCAAAGCUACCCAACUUUAAGAAAAAUUGCCAAAGACAUUCUUGCAAUUCCUGUCUUAUCGGUUGCUUCGGAAAGUGCAUUUAGCACGGGUGGAAGAGUAGUUAGCGCUCACCGAUCUAGGCUUCAUUCUCAAACAGUGGAGGCUUUGAUGUGCUUGCAAAAUUGGAUGGUCGAUGAUGCCAAAGUUAAUUUUCAAGGAACUUAUGCUUGUUCAACUAUCAACGAAGAUGGUGAGGAUGUGGAAAUAAUGGACAAUCUUGAUAUGGAUAUUGAUGAUGUUAGUGUUGAAGAAUUUUGA